AUGGCUCUGGAGAAGUCCCUCAUCCUGUUCCCACUGUUAGUCUUGGUGCUGCUGGUGCUGGAGUGGAUCCCUCCUACCCUGGGCAAGGAAUCCGCAGCCAAGAAGUUCCAGCGGCAGCACAUGGACUCCAGCCCCACCUUCAGCCCCAGCCCCACCUACUGCAAUGAAAUGAUGAGGCGCAGGAACAUGACCAAGGGCCACUGCAAGCCUGUGAACACCUUUGUGCACGAGUCCCUGGAAGAUGUUCAAGCUGUCUGCACCCAGGAAAAUGUCACAUGCAAGAACGGGCAGACCAACUGCUUCCAGAGCAGAUCCAACAUGCACAUCACAGACUGCCGCCUGACCMGGGGCUCCAAGUACCCCAACUGUUCAUACAAGACCAGCGAGAAAGAAAGGCGAAUCAUCGUGGCCUGUGAGGGAAACCCGUCUGUGCCUGUCCACUUUGAUGCUUCUGUAGAGGGGUCCGCUUAA